UGCAGAGAAGACCAUAUUAAUCUGCUUUUGUAACAGUUCAAGAGACCAGGAGAAGUUACCCAUUUCUGCGCGAGCGUAAUACUGAUGCUGUUGUUGAAAGUCCAGUGAAGCUGAAGCAAGAGAGAUGGCAGCUGAAAGACCACAUCCCUUCAGAGGUGAUGUCCCCAAUCUCUCCGACUUGAGGAUUGUGCUGCUGGGGAACCGAGAAGCUGGGAAGAGUUCAGCAGGAAACACCAUCCUGGGCAGAGAGGAGUUUGACCCUGAUGUGAGAACACUGCAGUGUGUGAAGAGACAGGGAGAGGUAGCAGGGAGACAGAUCACUGUGGUGGACACUCCAGGAUGGAAGGAUUAUGAUCUUAGUUAUGAUAGAGAUUCUCCUAACCUCCUGAAACAGGAGAUUGUUCUCAGUGUGACCCUGUGUCCUCCAGGACCUCAUGCUUUUCUGCUGGUCAUCCAUGAGAACAUGACCUUCACAGAGGCAGAGAGAAACGACACUUCAAGCCACCUGAAUCUUCUGGGCCAUGGAGCCUGGAAACACUCUCUGGUUCUGUUCAUUCAGGAGACUCCUAUAUCAUGUCCUCAACAUCAAGAGUAA